UUAUGUGCACUGGGGAGUUCUAUGGCAGGAAGGCAGGGUUUUAUUUACACUGUGGGGGUUCCCUAUUCGCACCGUGUCCCUGUCCAGCCUGCAACUCCAGGGUCCAGUCCAAUCCCCGUCGUCUGACCAUGAGGAUUUGGUGGCUCCUGUUGGUUAUGGGCACAUGUGCAAGCAGUGUGUACUCCCAGGACACCUGCCGGCAGGGGCACUCUGGCAUCCCUGGGAAUCCAGGUCACAAUGGCCUACCGGGAAGAGAUGGACGAGAUGGUUCCAAGGGUGACAAAGGAGACACAGGAGAACCAGGACAUCCCGGUGGCCCAGGGAAGGAUGGAAUUCGUGGGGAGAAAGGAGAACCAGGAGCAGAUGGAAGAGUUGAAGCAAAAGGCAUCAAAGGCGAUCCAGGCUCCAGAGGAUCUCCAGGGAAGCAUGGCCCAAAGGGCUCCAUUGGUCCUACAGGAGAGCAAGGGCUGCCAGGAGAGACUGGCCCUCAGGGGCAGAAGGGAGAUAAAGGCGAUGUGGGCCCCACUGGUCCAGAAGGACUAAUGGGCAGUACUGGUCCUUUGGGCCCCAAGGGCUUACCUGGCCCAGUGGGCCCCAUUGGCAAACCAGGUCCUAGAGGUGAAGCCGGACCCAUGGGCCCCCAGGGGGAGCCAGGAGUCAGAGGAAUAAGAGGCUGGAAAGGCGAUCGAGGAGAGAAAGGGAAGGUCGGUGAGGCUCCCAUCUUGCCCAAGAGUGCCUUCACUGUGGGGCUCACGGUGAUCAGCAAGUUCCCGCCUCCUGAUGCACCCAUCAAAUUCGAUAAGAUCCUGUACAAUGAACUGAACCAUUACAAUGUAGCGACGGGGAAAUUCACCUGCCAUGUGGCUGGUGUCUAUUACUUCACCUACCACAUCACUGUUUUUUCCAGGAACGUGCAGGUCUCUUUGGUCAAAAAUGGGGUAAAAGUCCUGCACACCAAGGAUGGUUAUAUGAGCUCUGAGGACCAGGCCUCUGGUGGCAUUGUGCUGGAGCUGAAGCUCGGGGACGAGGUGUGGAUGCAGGUGAUGGGAGGCGAGAGGUUUAAUGGCUUGUUUGCAGAUGAGGAUGACGAUACCACGUUCACCGGCUUCCUUCUGUUCAGCAGCUCUUGACACAAAGGACUCUGCACCUGGGCCUCAUGGAAGGCUCUCAAUGGUGGACAUGGUGCCCACAGACCUAGCUCAGUGAAGGUGGGGUGCGAUUGUGUCCAUUCCUCCAAUUAUUGCAUCAAUUCCAAAAUGUAGCGGUGGGAAGCUAGUCCUACGAAUCCAGCCAUUUGAACACAUUAAUAAUAAACUCAGAGACACCAACAA